GUCCAAACCCGCAGAGACCACCGAGAGGGACAUCCCGUUGAGCUGAAGGUGUUGGAGCUCAGCUCCCGAGGCGUGAAGAUGCUGCAGCAGAUAUUGUCUGACAUGUUCAUCGAGCCCGAGCUGCUGGCCGAGCUGAAUGAGGAACAGAAACAGAUCCUGUUCUUUAAGAUGAGAGAAGAACAGAUCCGCAGAUGGAGAGAAAGAGAGGCGCAGCUGGAGAAGGAGGAAGCUGCACGUGUCAAAGUCAAAAAAGUUUCAGGAAAGACUGUGUCCUGGAUGAAGGGUCUGGAUGAGGAUGUGUGGGUUUGGGUGAUGGGAGAACAUCCUGAGGACAAACCCUACGAUCAAAUCUGUGACGAGAUCAUGGCUGAGAGAGCAGCGCUGCAGGCUCAGAGAGAGGCCGAGAAGCUCCGGGCUAUGAAAGAGGCUGAGCUGGAGAAGCGUUUUUCUGGCCUGGAGCAGGUUGUGUUGUCAGAGCAGGAGGUCCAGCAGAGGAGAGCGGAGGAGGAACUCAAGACACUGGAGUUGGAGGAGAGGCGUAAGGCUGAGGAGGAGCUGAGGAGGCUGGAGCAGGAGAGGAAACAGCAGAUUUACAUCAGUCUGAAGGAAGUAAAGGACAGUAAACACACUCGAGAGGAGGAGGACGACAAGGAGUGGCAGAACACAUUGCAGAAGUCAAAAGCUGCAGACAUGCGCAGACGAUCUCUGGCCAAGCAGACUAUUGAGGACCACCGCAGACGCUCAGUUAAAGCUCUAGAAAGAGGACGUGUAGAGGUCAUGACAAAGGCCUUUGGCAGCACCAAUUUAACCACUCCACCCAAACCCAAACCCAGAAACAGCAGCAGUGCUAUCAGCCGGAAGGGUGGCAUGCGGCGUUCAGUGUCAACUUCUUGCCGAGACCAUAUUAUUCGCUGGUUUAAGGAGGAACAGUUGCCGCUCAGAGCAGGAUUCCAGCGCGACCAGAGCCGGAUCGCAUACUGGUUUCACGGUAUAAUAUCUCGUGAACAGGCAGAGGCUCUAUUGAACGAGGGAGAGCCUGGAGACUUCCUGGUACGUGUUAGCGAGAGGAUCUUUGGAUAUGUGCUUUCCUACCGAUCCAGUGAGGGAAUCAAGCACCUGCUUAUCGAUGCUUCAGAGAGCUGCUACAUGCUGCUGGGAGACCAGAUCAGAUUCAGCUCGCUCACUGAACUGGUGGAAUAUCAUGAGGUAGAGCCUCUGAGCUCGUCUGGAGCGGAGGAGUAUCUGCGGCACGCGUGUGGACAGAAAGCAGCCGCAGCAGAUUAUACAGAACUCUUCAUCUGAACGCCAACCAACAGAAGAGUGGAGAAGCUGUGCCUAAAGGCUGAUUUAUACUUCUGAGUUGGACCUACGCAUCAGUUUUCAUUUAUACUUCUGCGUUGUUGUCCGCGUCGGCGUGCAGUACA